AUGUCCCUUAAUAAACUAAAAAAAGACGAAUUAAAAGUCGUCGCAGACGAGUUAAGUUUAAAAGUUGAAGAAGGGGCAAGAGUUAUUGAUAUAAAGAAGCUAAUUGAAAAUAGUGAGAUUUAUAAAAACGAUAGUGAUUUCGUUCAGAGUUUGAUUGAUAAUAUUCUUGAGGAAAAGAAAAACAAUUAUGAGUUAGAAAAAGCUAAAUUAGCUCAGUUAGAGAAAGAUAACCAAACAAAAAUAGAGUUAGAAAAAAUUAAACUCGCUCAGUUAGAGAAAGAAAUUGAAUUAUCUAAUAACGAGGAAUUUGGAUCAGAAAUUCGGAGUCUCAAACUGCACGGGAAGGUGUCUCCUACGAGUAAGAUAAGAAAUUUGAACCCUCUUUUAGAUUCAAAUGAAGUUUUAAGAGUUGGAGGACGAUUAGGUAACACUGAAUUGAAUUUUCUUAAAAAACAUCCUGCAAUACUCCCUAAAAAUAGUCCUUUAACUUCUGUUAUUAUUUCGACAUAUCAUCUUAAAUAUUUGCAUAUUGGUCCAAAUGGUUUAUUAAACUGUGUAAGAGAAAAAUUUUGGCCCUUGUGUGGCCGUUCUCUAUGUAGAAGAAUUACUCAUAAUUGUGUUGUUUGUGUUAAAAAUAAACCCAUUGCUGCUACGCAAAUAAUGGGAAAUCUACCUAGAGAAAGAGUUGUGCCAGAUUUCGCAUUCAAUUGCUCUGGUGUUGACCUAACUGGUCCGUUUUUCAUUAAAUGUAAACAUCAAAGAAAAGCAAUUUCUCUAAAGGUGUAUAUUUGCUUAUUCAUAUGUUUUGUAUCUAAAGCAGUGCAUAUAGAGAUAGUUUCUGAUUUGACAUCCGAGUCUCUAAUUGCCACGUUGAAGAGAUUCAUCGCGCGUAGAGGCAAAUGUGCCAAACUGUUUUCAGACAACGCGACGAAUUUCGUUGGCGCUAACAAGGAGUUAAAAAAAUGUUUAAAUUUAUUCAAAAAUCCUGAUGAAAAAUUGGCUAACUAUCUAUCCGCUGAAGGCAUAGAGUGGAAUUUUAUCCCGCCUAGAGCCCCCAACUUUGGUGGUCUCUGGGAGGCAGCAAUUAAGUCGUUUAAAUACCAUUUUAAAAGAGCUGUAGGUAAUGCCUCUUUAACUUACGAAGAAUUGCAUACUAUAGCCACUCAAAUUGAAAGCAUUUUGAAUAGUAGACCGAUAACUCCACUAUCCGCGGAUGAAACCGACUUAGAAGUUUUAACUCCUGCGCAUUUCCUGAUAGGGAGAACAAUGAACGCCAUAAUUGAACCGGAUUUGACAAAUUUAAAGGAAAAUAGGUUAUCCAGGUGGCAAAGAAUAACCAAAUUAGUACAAUUAAUUUGGAGAAAGUGGCAACGAAGCUACCUAAGUGAACUGCAGCAACGUGGCAAGUGGAGAUUCGAAAAGGACAAUGUCAAAAUCGGUAGUCUAGUCUUAAUUAUUGAGGAUAAUUUACAAGCUAAUAAAUGGUUAAUGGGAAGAAUAAUUAAAGUGUUUUACGGCACUGAUAAGAAAAUCAGAGUUGUAGAAGUGAAAACCCAGCACGGGACCCUUAGGAGGUCUAUUUCUAAAAUAUGCUUGUUACCUGUAUCAUAA